GGAGCGCGGCGCGGGACGGCAGGGCCCGCAGGCUGCGGACGGCGGCCUAGGUGGCCGGCAGAGUACUUAGGAUUUCACGUAUUUUUGCUGAACUUUUUUAAAAAAAAAAGGCGCUUGGGAUGAUGGAUUAACAAGAACAUUGAAAUUCUGUGAAAAGUUUCAUGUUGGAGCAUAUUGAAUUUUCACCCUAGUCCAGCAGCUCUGCUGCUCACUUAAAUACAGAUGAAUGAAGACCCCAUUCGGGAAGACACCUGGCCAGCGGUCCAGAGCUGAUGCAGGCCAUGCUGGUGUAUCUGCAAGCAUGAUGAAGAAACGGACAUCCCACAAUGAGUUUUGGGAACCAACCUCUGCCUUUCCCCGGCGGAACAUCGUAGGCUGCAGGAUUCAGCAUGGGUGGAAAGAGGGGAAUGGCCCCAUCACCCAGUGGAAAGGAACCGUUCUGGACCAGGUGCCUGUAAAUCCUUCUUUGUAUCUUAUAAAAUAUGAUGGAUUUGACUGUGUAUAUGGACUAGAACUUAAUAAAGAUGAAAGAGUUUCUGCGCUUGAAGUCCUCCCUGAUAGAGUUGCAACAUCUCGAAUCAGUGAUGCACACCUAGCCGACACAAUGAUUGGCAAAGCAGUGGAGCACAUGUUUGAGACCGAGGAUGGCUCUAAAGAUGAGUGGAGGGGAAUGGUCUUAGCACGCGCACCUAUAAUGAACACAUGGUUUUACAUCACCUAUGAAAAAGAUCCUGUGUUGUACAUGUACCAGCUCUUAGAUGAUUAUAAAGAAGGCGACCUUCGCAUUAUGCCUGAUUCUAAUGAUUCACCUCCAGCAGAAAGGGAACCAGGAGAAGUUGUAGACAGCCUGGUAGGCAAACAAGUGGAAUAUGCCAAAGAAGAUGGCUCUAAAAGGACUGGCAUGGUCAUUCAUCAAGUAGAAGCCAAACCAUCUGUCUAUUUCAUCAAGUUUGAUGAUGAUUUCCAUAUUUAUGUCUACGAUUUGGUGAAAACAUCCUAGAUGUCAUUACGAACUUUGCCAAAUUUGUGGAACUAUUAAAUGUAUAAUUUGUAGACAUAAAGACUUGAUUGCUUUCCAGUUUAAUGAAAGCUUAAAUGUCCCUGCGAACCCACAAUCUCUGCCAGCAGAACUGGUUUUGUUCUGAAUAGUACAGAUUUAUGUGAACACAAAGCAUUUUGUGUAAGGAACUCCUUCCUCUUAAAAGAAGUCUGUCUAUUUGGAAGGGAGUUACAGGCAAGUCUGGUAAAAGUUAAGCUAGUAUCAUAGUCAUUUAAAACUGUAAUAGAUCUUAUCCACUUUCCCCUUCAUGCUUAACACUCUUAUUCUGCUUCCACAAUGCAAGCAUAGUUUGAUAUUUUUGUUAUUGCCUUUUUUUGAGAUAUAUAUGUAUCUAUAUCUACUUAUCUACAUCUGUGUGUAUACAUAUAUAAUAUAUAUAUAUACAUACACAUAGAUCUGUGUGUACACACACACACACACACACACACACAUUCAUUGGCAGUCCUCUCUUUGUGGAUUGGGGUGGGAGGUUAAAUAAUUUUCUCCAGUUUAACAGGAGUGCUUGACCCAAGUCAUUUAGUAUAUUACCGCUGUUUAUUUAAAAUUAAAUUUGGGCACAGGAAGCACAUAGGGACAUUCAGCUUGUUUUGAAAGUCAGAAGUUCAGAGCACCAUUUCAGUCUGGAGGCUUUAAACUGUCGAUUCAAACAUGAAUUACUUAUGAACAUUUAAUGACCCACUUUAGAAUUUUACAAACAGUUAGAAAUCUGGGUAAAAGGCUGCCUUUAAUUCUAAGCUUUGUACAUUUUUUUGUUUACAUUUUUUUCAUGAAUACUUUUUUUUAAGCAAAGCCCAGGUACUUGGUCCACGUAGUGUAAUGCAGUUGGAUGGCACUUUGGUCCAUUAUUUGUACAAAUUAGUAAUCUGAAUUUUAGUACACAGAUUUAAAAGGCAACAGUAUAUCGGUGGUUUAUGUGUAUUUGGUAAGUUCCUGGAAGAACAUAGUGCUUUUAUAUUAGAAAUAUAAGUUUAAGAAUGGCAUUGUUGCCUUUUAGCAAGUUCUCUGGGAUACCUUUAUUUUUAUUACUAUUAUUGCUGAUAUAUGAUUAUGGUCAAAAGACUUUUCCCGUCAAAGAAUGUCUAGACAGAUAACAGCGUGAGUUCCUGACACCUUUGUUGGUGCUGUAUGCACUCACUCAUGGUGUGCUGUUGGUGUGGAUUCAUUCCAUUUGGUGGAUCCUGCCACAUCAGGGUCAGUCACCUGCACUGGCCUGUGGGUGUGACUGAUAGCAGCCCUUAGCCAUUGAAUCCUUUCCUGCAAGGUUGUUUUAACUAAAAUAGAACUGCAGAAGUGGUUCGUUUAGCAGCAAAAUGUCAGUCUGUCACUUCGCUUUGGAUGAUCCCUGGCAGUUUGAAAGCUAGGAGAAAAAUGGUUUGUGAAACUAGUCUUGUGGAGAUUGAAAACCGUACCUAAGAUUUGGGCAGAAAGCUUAAAUGCAUAUGCUGGCAAUCAAACACCAGGUCUGUCUGUGUGGCCUCUGUCGUGGCUGUUCUUGAUGUUAGAGAUUCUGUAGUGUCAAGGCCGCGCCAUGCCUGGUUUGUGUGAUGCCCAUUUUCGCCUUCAGGAAGGCUGUGCCUUGUUGUGCUGGUGGAUGGUAACCUCGCGCACCAUGUAGAUACAGUACCCCAAUUCUCUCCAACGUGCCCAGUGCCUCACAGAGGGCAGCCAGGGGCGAGCUUCUCCAUGCAGUGAGUACCCGUGUCUUAGAUGUUCCUCAUGUGCUUGAAAC